AUGUGUGACGGUCUAAGGCUCAAAAACCAAUUGCGAGCUAGAGUGUUACUAGAUUGGUUGCUAUACCUUCCUGAUUCUUUAUCCGAUGGUCGUCUUGUGGAGGGUGAUCAAAUACUGGCUAUAGAUGGACAACCCUUGGACUCGAAUAUAUCCCAUGAACAGGCGAUUUCAAUCCUGCAAAAGGCCCGUGGCCUGGUAGAGUUAGUUGUUGCCAGAAGUGCCCAAGACGUUGGGAGUUCGUUGCCGACGGAUGAAUUGUUCGGGGCAUCGGGUUCGACAGCUGCAGCAGGAGGAGCGGCUGGGGUUGGAGCAAUCAUCAGUGCUGGAGUUCCAGGUAGCCAGGCGAGCUCCGAUAAGGAACAUUCGGCUUCAGCUUCGGUUUCGGUUUCCUCGAUUGCGACACCUCCUGUCGCAACAACUCCUAGUCAAUCAAGUACCACUACAGCGGCUACCCCAGGUCCUACUCCUACGCCAACCUCAACACCCGUUCCCGGAGGACUUGUCGUCGAAAGAAGUCCCUCCGCUGUUAGCGACGCUUCCAAAACUGGCUCUGACAUGGUGCUAAACACGGAAUGGGCACAGGUAGAAGUGAUCAACCUGAUCAAUGAUGGCAGCGGUCUUGGUUUCGGAAUUAUUGGUGGUCGGAGUACCGGAGUCGUCGUCAAGACAAUACUCCCCGGAGGAGUUGCUGAUCGCGAUAAUCGGCUUCAGAGUGGAGACCACAUCUUGCAGAUCGGUGAUGUCAAUCUCCGCGGGAUGGGAAGCGAGCAAGUUGCUGCAGUGUUGCGACAAUCGGGCACUCACGUUCGUCUUGUCGUUGCUCGACCAGUCGAGCCAACCUCACCAGAUUACCAGGCUCUUGGAAGUCAUGCUCCAAUCGUCCCCACGAAAAUUCUCGGAGACCCGGACGAGUUGGAGAGACAUUUGGUGCAAAGUGUCCCAGAAACCUACAACGCACGACAACUCCAGGGGGAUACUAGUUAUGAUAAUGGAUACGUGUACUCGCAGGAGCCUGAUAUCGAGAUGCAUACCCGGCCAAGCCUCAUCAUGGACGUGGUACGUAAUCCCGUACCAAUCGGAGCAGUUCCGAUUAUUCCAGGAGUUCCAGUUCCAGCGCAAAUUCAAAACUUGCCAGUGCUUUCAAUGGAGACCUUGGACGUUAAUUCAUUGCCGGAGAUGGAGCGUUUCACAGUUGAGCUUAAAAAAGAUAUUUAUGGUCUUGGGAUUACAAUUGCCGGUUACGUCUGUGAGAAAGAGGAACUAUCGGGCAUAUUUGUCAAGAGCAUCAGUGAGGGUAGUGCAGCUGAUCUCAGUAACAAAAUUCAAAUCAACGAUAGAAUCGUCGAAGUCGAUGGACACUCCCUGCAAGGCUAUUCGAAUCAUGAAGCUGUUGAGGUAUUGAGAAGUACCGGUCAAACGGUUGUACUUUGUUUAGAAAGGUAUCUCCGUGGUCCGAAAUAUGAACAAUUACAACAAGCAAUCGCAGCGAGCGAACUGAGACCACCUCAACCAGGUUCACCUUCUAUCACCAGCCUGCCUAGUUUUCCUAUAAGUGCUGACGGCGAGACGACUACGGAAAUUGAACCGGAAGGUGAAUCGCAUACAACGGUUGAUAGUGCAGUGUUGCAAGAGGGAGAAACGCACGAUCAUCUGACCGAGGAUUUAGAUGAAGCAACGAACGUAGAAGCGCUGCUAAGCGAUCCAUCGAGUGAACUGACUCCUCAAAUUCGUGCAGCUAUCAAAGCUAAAUGGCAGAAAAUUGUCGGACCAGACACUGAGAUUGUGGUAGCUCAACUCAAAAAAUUUGCUGAAGGAAGCGGUCUAGGUAUUAGUCUAGAAGGAACAGUAGAUGUUGAAGAUGGCCAAGAAGUGAGGCCUCAUCAUUACAUUCGUUCGAUUCUUCCGGAAGGUCCUGUAGGGCAGAAUGGUACUUUGAGAUCCGGCGACGAAUUAUUGGAGGUAAAUGGAUAUCGUUUACUCGGCAUUAAUCAUAUGGAGGUUGUUAGUGUCUUAAAAGAACUACCAAUUCACGUCCGUAUGGUAUGCGGACGAAACAUUGCAUCGCAGGAUCCACUUUGCCCUAUUGAUACGGCUCAGCAUCAAGCAGCUUUUCAAACCCGGAGUAUUCUUGGUGGAUCAUUACAAAACCUUUUGCCAGCGAUGGAUCGUUUGGUGAAAGCUAAAUCCGAUGGUUCACUAGCUUCGACCACGACGACUGCAACUGUAACAGAUGCUAGCCUAAACAAGAUGAAGUCUCGUUCCCUGGAACCGUUAACAGGGCUUGCAAUGUGGAGUUCGGAAGCACAAAUUAUUGAGCUGGUGAAAGGAGAGAGGGGCCUUGGGUUUUCAAUUUUGGACUACCAGGAUCCAAUGAACCCUAAUGAAACUGUGAUAGUUAUACGAUCGCUAGUACCAGGUGGAGUGGCCCAGGUUGACGGUCAGCUCAUACCAGGCGACCGCCUUCUCUUCGUCAAUGAUAUCGCCUUGCAGAAUGCCACUCUGGAUCAAGCAGUGCAAGCUCUCAAGGGAGCCCCGAAGGGUACCGUUCGAAUCGGAGUGGCCAAGCCGUUGCCUAUCCCGGACAGUAUUGCCCAGCAGCUGGUGACACCUAUCUGCAUCGUGAGACGUAGUAGAAGCCUUCCCGAUGACACCGAGGCUGCCGAUCGUACCACAGCUCUUGAUGACGUGCUGUCCUCCAGAUCAGGUGUGAGCAGAGCGUCGAUGAAUAAACCGGAGGCAGAUAAUAGUGACUCUUUAGAAGAUUUCGAAGAUGCAUCUCCGAUUACACCAGUUCAUAGUCCGAAAAAGAAGAAAAAGGAGAAGCCUAGAACAAAAGACGAUUUUUGUGCAUCGGGUAAAAGCAGUCCAAAUGCAGUUGUACCUCAAUCAGUUAUUGAAAAGCAAGAAGAAGAGGGAGAAGCAACAAUUUCUCCGAACGAUGGUAUAGUACCUAACGUGGAUGUAAAUGCGCUGAAGGAACGGUUCGCCAGUUUACCAUUUGAACGUGAGCACGUCUCGAGCAUUGCCACAUUGGCAAGUCCUAGACAUGCUGAACACCAUCCAGGGAAGCGGGUUGAAGAAACCGUGGAAGGCGUCAAAAUGCAAUCAGAAGUUAAGGAGAUUGUCGAACCGGAUCAUUCACAAAAGGAAAUUAGUAACGUGAAAAUAAUGGAAGAAAUAAUGAUUUAUGAUACGGGACCCGAAAGCUCUCAAAAGAAUUUUCCUCAUGAAAUAAUGGCGAAUGUGAAAUGGCAAGGAAGUUUAGUAAAGGAGAAGGAACCCAACGUCGAAGUAAAUCGGGAAACGAUAACCGGAGAAACAGGAGCGGUCUCUGUAAUUGUAGGAAAAAGCGUGAAUCUCGAAGACGAAACCAAUAUGAAAGUAAAUAAGGAACUUCUAGGGGGUUCAUCAUCUGAAAUGGCUCUUACCGAUAAGGAAAUAGAGGCAAAUGCCAGAAAAUUAUCUAAGGAAAGAAGAAAGAGUUUAAAGGAGCAGAAGAGUAUCGAAAGGGUAACGGAAUACUUAACAAAGCAUGCUGUUAUUGAAAAUUCAUCUUUCGACGAUGAGAUUCCAAAACGCAAUGAAGCCAGAAAGAAUUUAAAAAGUAGGGACAGAUUAGUUAAACAAAAGAGCAGUGAAAAAAUAGUAAGUCUACCUGCUACAGAUGUUCAUGCCGUUAGUACUAUUAAACAUUCCUUGUUUAUUGAGCCGCGACCUUCAGCAUCUUCAGAAAGAAGAAAAAGUCUUACGAAACAGGAGAAUGUCGGCAGUGUUUUACAAGGAUCUUUGGAAAUUGAUAGGUUUACAUCGAUAGAUGUAGUUUUAGGGGAAGAAAAUAAGUUAGAUAUAUUAGAAGGUUCAAAGCAAUUGGAAUCUACAGAUGCACACAGUAAGCAUACAAGCAAGUCCAGUGAGAUAAUAAAGGAACCAAAAAUAUAUAACGUGAUAAAGAAACCAAGUACGACAGAAUCAUGUGAUAAGAAAAGAUUUGAACCAAUCUCUCUUGUUCAUACUUCGAAGAAGGAAGUCAAAAUACAGGAAGAUAUACAGGUUUUGUACGAAAUACCUCAGGAGGAAAUAUCAGUUUUACCGGAUGUACAGCUAGUUACGGCGAAAAUAAUUGACGUGGAGGAAAUAACCGCGAGCCUCGUUGAGAAGGUGUUCGAGUCGAGAGUGGUAGUGAGCUCACCUCCCGAGAUAGAGAGGCUGACAGAUAAAACUGAAAGCAGGCCGAAAGCGUCAAGAGAGAAGACUCACUCGACUGAAGAGCCAGAUCAAGGUCGACUUCAGCUGUCGGUACUCUCAAAGUCGAUUUCCGAGAAUACUUUAACAGCCGUCGAGGAAGAGGAAAACAAAAUAUCUGAGAAGAACAUUAAACCAGAAAUUCUACUGGAUUUAUCGAAACUACCAAAGCAGUCGGAGUCAGAUACUUGUGCGAACAUUAACACGGAGCUUACAAAGGAAAAACGGUCUAUGACAAGAAUUGGGAGUGACGGUUCGCGAAAAGUGGAAACAAUAAGUAGAAUCAAGUGCAGUGCAAGUGUGGGAAGUGAUGAGGUUGCAGAAUCGAAGUCUAAUGAAAUUAUCAAAGACUCUAACACGCUCGCAGAGAAAGAAAAGCGAGAGGAUAUAGUGACACAAGUAUGCAGUGAAGUUGAAACAACAGAAUCUACUAUUGACGUUGCUCAUCUUCACGUUGACAUCGAUGAUAAAAAUACGGAUCAAGUGGCGGAACUACAACAUCAUGGUCAUCAGGAUGAAAUCGAUGAGAGUAUCGAGGCUGCCUCAUCGGAACAGUCGACAUCCUUAAGGAGAAUAUCCAGCUGCCAGGAGACACAGUUAAGAUCAAAAACUUUAACUGAGAAUGAGAAGUGGAAUAGAGAAAAACGAGAUAAACUUGAUUCGAUUGUCAAAGAUUCUCCGGAAAUAAACGAAAAACCUUAUUCUGAGGAAGUAAAAGACUCGCAGAAAAAAGAGCUUAUCCAGAAAAGAUUAGAAUAUAAGAGUGUUGACCAAAGACUUCGAGAGAACAGUAGCCGCGGUAUUACAAGGUCAAAAAGUGAUCGCUCAUCAGAAGCAACAAAGAAGAAGCAGAUUGACCGAAGCGAGAAAAAUCCUGGAUUUGUAAGUGGAAUAAAGCAAACCGAGGAACAGCUCCAGAAAGCAUUUGAGAAGCAGCGAGAGCAUGAAAUAUUUUUGCAGAAUAAACGGUUUCUGCAGGAUAGUUUACUUUGUGCUAAGCUAGACGAGGAUAGUCUAAUUGGGAAACAGCAUUCUCUUCAGUAUCAGAGUCAAACUCUAGAAACACAAUCGGAACACUUCACUGCAUCGACCUCCUUGGAAAAUUUACUGAAGUUGAUUCCCGAAAGUCGAUUGCCAGAAUCUUGUUUAACCAAAAAGGAUAAAGACUCUUCUUUGAAAAAUAAACGCGAGGUAGAGACUCAAACCCAACAGGAGACUAAAGGUACGCAGUGUGGUUCUGAAGAUCAUCUUGAUAGUCUUUUCAAGUCGUCUGUGCAAAGUAUCCACAGUUUCACUGAUGAUAAACUCUUAAAAAAUCUAAGAAAAGAGGUUCAAACUCAGACGCAAGGAGAAAACAAAAGUACCCAGUGCGAUUCAGAGCACAUCGCAGAAGAAAGUCCUCUCAAAGGAUCUUUCCGUCAAGAAAGCUUAGCUGUGUCUAAAGGUUCAUUUCUUAGUCCAAGAAAGGACGUUGAAGUACAAGUUGAACAAGAGUCAAAGGGCAUUCAGUGUUCUUUCGAAAAGAUUUUUGAUAGCCGUAUCAAGUCAACUAGCCUUGUUCCUCGGUCUACGAGCCAAGCCGAAAGUCCUAGAAAGGAAGUUGAAGUUCAAACUUAUCAGGAGAACAAGAGUAUCCAAUGCGAUAGGGACAAGUAUUCGAAAAAACCAGGACUAUCCACAAGAUCAUCCUCGAUUCCUCUGAAUCUUGAUUCACAAUUAUCGCAAUUGCCGGAAUCGCAAACCUCUAUCGAAAGUCAUCAAUUAUCAAUUGAAAGUUCGGAAUCAUCAAAUUCUUCUUCUCCCCAUAAGAUUCCUAUAAUUCUGCUUGUGGAGGGUCGAACAAAUAUGACUGUUACUCACAAUUACCGGGACAAAGAUGGCAACGUUUUAUGGGCGAAACAUUGGGGUCCUGAAAGACUCGUUCAAAUCUAUAGAGAACCAAAAUCCAGCUUGGGGCUUAGCAUCGUUGGCGGAAAAGUUGAUCUCUACAAUGGUGGACCGAAUAAGUCUGAAAAUAUUUCCGGUAUUUUCAUCAAGAAUGUCUUGCCUAACAGCCCUGCUGGAAGAACUGGCGAGCUUAAGACAGGGGACAGAAUAAUUGAGGUGGAUGGAAUUGAUUUGAGAAACAGCACGCACGAACGGGCAGUAGAGGCCAUUCAAGCUGCCGGAAAUCCUGUUUCUCUUCUCGUCCAAUCACUCGUCCAGUUGAGUCCUGAGGAUGAAAGACAGAUGCAAGAAGAUGAUGAUGAUAUCGGCAGAAACAUUAGAAAAGAAGUAAAUAAAAACCAAGGAAUUGCUACACCAGAAGCACCUACCACUUCCUUUCGACAUAAACCACCACCUGUUUCUCCAGCAAGAACGAUGACUCCUGAAUUAAUUCAGGAAGGAAUCGAAGAUGGUGAAAAAUAUGCAGCAUCCCGAACCGAUCUUAGAAGACAAUCCACCAAAAGAGAUUCUGAUGGUGCUGGUCCUAGUACAAAAAGAUCGUCCAUGAAAAAGUCUCUACGAAAAAAGGCUCCGUCGCCUCCUAAGACCCCAGGAAUACUUCGCGAGGUUAGCGAGGAACAUGAUGAUCAUCCUCCGCAAAAGGAGCCACCGCAAACUCCAAAACCAAAGUAUUCAUCUGAUGAGAGUUCCGAAGAGGAAGAUACUCGGCAUCUCGAGGGAAACGUUUACACUAAAUCUGGAAUAGAGAUUUCAAGAAAAAGUGCAGGCAACGUAAAACGAACGAAAGAAGAAAUACAAGCCGAUCCUGAGCCGGAAGACGAGUUCGGUUACACGGCGAAAAAAAUAAAGAAGAGGUAUGAUAAUUUGGGGCAUACUGUCCUUAUGGUCAAGUUGGAAAAGGAUAGAAGUGGCUUGGGUAUUUCUUUAGCCGGCCACAAAGACAGGAAUAGAAUGGCUGUUUUUGUCUGUGGCCUUAAUCCUAAAGGAGUGGCACAUAAAACAGGUGGCCUUCACAUUGGUGACGAAAUAUUGGAGGUAAAUGGAACUGUACUUCAAGGCAGGUGUCACCUGAAUGCCUCAGCGCUCAUCAAGGGUAUGCCUGGCACGUGUUUCAAAGUUAUCGUUCUCCGACGAUCAACGGCAGUUAACGAUCUUGCAGUAAAACCCAUCGUCCAGUUUCCACCCACUCUUCAAGAUGACGAUGCAAGAUGCUUCAGCCAAUACAAGGGAGUUCAUACAGUUUCUAUUAAGAAGGGUCAAUAUGGUUUGGGUAUUAUGAUCAUCGAAGGCAAGCACGCCGAAGUUGGACAAGGAAUAUUUGUUUCGGAUAUUCAAGAAGGCAGUGCCGCUGAACAGGCGGGGUUACAAGUUGGAGACAUGAUAUUAGCUGUCAACUUGGAUUCACUUUUAGGCGCCAGUUAUGAUGAGGCAACGGUACUUUUGAAGAAGACUGAAGGGGUUGUUACGUUGACGGUCUGCAAUCCUAACCAAAGCAAAGUUGCGAAAGAAGAUGAAGAGAGAGCCAAAGGUAUUAAUGCCGAUGCUGUUACCAGCGGGGACCAAACUAACUCGACUGCACCAAAAGAACCAGAGAAACCUAAGGAACCAGAACCUCCUAAAGAUCCAAAAGACUGUGAGAUAUCAAUUGGAAAAGAAACUACAAUUGAAUUUUCCAAAAGUAAAGAUACGGGAAUCGGACUUACAAUAGUUGGUGGAUCCGACACGCCUUUGGGUAGCAUCGUAAUACUUGAAGUUUAUCCAGAUGGUGCAGCAGGAAAAGAUGGUCGAUUAAAACCUGGCGAUCAAAUAAUCGAAAUGUGCCACGAGAGCUUCAAAACCAUAGAAUACGCAACAGCUCGCGAAUUCAUUCUAAAAGUCUCAGGAACGAUACACAUGAUAGUGCUUCGUGAGGAUAAGGCUCUCGAAGAGAUUGAUGUGGAAAUUCAGAAGAAAUCUGGAAAGGGUGCGGGACUUUGUAUAACUGGCUUCAAAAGUGGUAUAGGAGCUUACGUAUCCGACAUGUUUCCUGGAGGUAGUGCAUUGGAGUCUGGAAAGAUUGUAAAGGGCGAUCGUAUAAUUUCCAUUUGUGGACAAGAUAUGCGUGAAGCUUCUGUAGAAGAUAUUGCUUUCCAAUUAAAAGUUUCAAAUCCUGUGCAACUGAGACUGGCCAGAUAUAAACCGAUCAAGCAAUGACAGGCAUGUAUUAUCGUUAUAUUCAAUAUUUUGUGCAUGUUUUAUGCUCCCAGUUUAACAUGCUUUAUAAUAUAUUAAAAUUAGUUAAAUAUUCUUAAUUAAUUUUUCGAAUACUUUGAAUACUCACAGAAUAUUAUUAAAUACAAUGAUAUAUAUAGGAGAUAAAGCGUGUAAGUUAGUUCCUAUAAGAUGUAUUUCACAUUUUAAAGAUUCGAUGUAACUUUAUCCCGUAUUUAUUAUAUAUGUGUAUGAGUAGAAUUAUAUUACUUUCAUACAAACUGUAUAGAUGAUAGUUAAAUUCAUAACUCAUAGUCCUGCCAUAAAACGUUAAACAUGUACAAAUAUUUAGAAAUAUGAACUGUUACUAGAGGAAGAAAAAAUUAACGCAGUAACUAGUUCAUAACAUCUUAUUUAAGGAAAUUUGAAAACAGCUGUUUAGAUAACAGAUCCUCUGAAAUUAAAUAAUUUAUGACUUUACUAUGUGAUACAACGAGUCGUCAAUUAUGUGGAAUAUGUUUGAAUUUUCAUCGUUUUAUUUACGUACAAGAAAUUAUUUAUUCUUAAAAAAACAUUAAAGAAUGGUAUUUUAUGGUAGCUGAGCAGUAAUUUCCAUAAUUUUCUAAUUUAAUUUUUUACAGAGUUCCAUCCUCUGGAGAAAAGUGUUUUUUAUAGUACGUGUUUUUUUUGUUCAUGCAAAAUGACGAGCAGUUAUCGUGCUCACCAGGUCGGCGCAACGUUUUAGUCGCAGUACACGUUUGUUCUCAUAAAUCAAUAAAUUAAUUUUGUUGGUGAAUGAAAAAAUGUAUGAGAAUACACUAAUGUAUGAUAAAUGAAUUCCGUAAAUUUGAAAAAAUUCGAUCGACAACUUUCUUAAAAAAAAUACCAAAAUUAAACCAGUUUAUAACACAACUGAUACGGUUCUCUCUAGUUUAUUACUACAGUUCUUUGGCGAUUUACUGACCAUUAAAAUUGAUUAUUUCAAUUAUUAAAUUUGAAUAAAAUAUGUUUCACGAUGACUAAAUUUAGCAACGGGUCACAAAAUGACUAUUAGUUCUAUAAAGAAAAUCACAAUCGUGCUUGUUAUGUACUCAUGCAUCGUUCAUUCCGCACCCGUUCUUUUCAGAGCGUCUGUACGCGACAGAAGACAAUCAUCUUCGAGGACCUAUACAUCUUAGCCUCCUGUUUACCAAUUAAUCUGUGGAAAAUCUUUUGCAAAUGCAAAAAUUUUUAGGCGUAAGAUAAAAAUGCUCUCAUCCAUUUAAAGGUUUUUACGGUCGUUGAAUACGUUAGUGAAUAGAUUUUAAAAAUUGGAAAUAUGCCAAAUUAAAAUUGUCGAUAUUUCAAUAUCUUCAUUUGCUUACCUGCUUGUCGUAUUAACAGAAGUUAAAUGGAAUUGUUAAAAAAAACAUGGGACCUGUUUUUAAUGGAAAUAAAAAAAAUAUUUAUUCUGAGGUCGCUAAUUAUGAUUUUGAAAUAAAUUUAAAAGUUAUUGAGAAGACUUCAGAUUCGUAUUCAGCGACAUCGAAACCUAUAUGCUUUGGUAGCAAAUUCUUUAUAAUAAAUACAUCUUCGUAUAUAAGCAUUCAUAGCUAUUGAAACGUUUUGCGAGAUUUUUAGGAGGUUUGUGUACUGUGCAGGCUUCUUUAUAGGAAAUAUCACUUACCUUUAAAAUAAAAAUAAUCUUGAUAUA